GUUUACAUCCAGUGCUGCACUGGCUCCGAUUUGCACGAAAGCUUGGAGAAAACGAGCCGAGGAAAUUAUUAAACAAAGAAAUAAUCUUCUAAAGCGACUAAUCUUCGAUUGCCAGGCUUCUGUCGUGCACACUGCAAAGACAAAGCAGAUUAAUAGAAAUGCUUACAACUGCAAAAGAAGUGGAACAAACUUCUGCUGAAGCUGGUGAUCCUUCUAAACAUGUCUGUGUGUCCCGUGAGGCCGUACUGUACUACUAGAAGAUGGGUGGAGCAGUAAGCGCUGGAGAAGACAACGAUGAGUUAAUCGACAAUCUGAAAGAGGCCCACUAUAUCCGGUCUGACCUGGUGGAGCAGGCAUUUCGGGCCAUCGACCGAGCAGACUACUACCUGGAGGAGUUCAGGGACAAUGCCUACAAGGACUUGGCUUGGAGACAUGGGAAUAUUCACCUCUCCGCUCCCUGCAUCUACUCUGAGGUGAUGGAAGCCCUGGACCUGCAGCCAGGACUCUCCUUUCUGAACCUGGGCAGUGGGACUGGAUAUCUCAGCACUAUGGUGGGACUGAUUAUAGGUCCAUUUGGUAUAAACCAUGGCGUGGAGCUGCAUGCUGAUGUGAUCGAGUAUGCCUACCAGAAGCUGGACACCUUCAUUAAGACUUGUGACAGCUUUGACAAGUUUGAAUUCUGUGAACCCUCGUUUGUGCUUGGGAAUUGUCUUGAGAUCACCCCGGAAAGCCGCCAGUACGAUCGAGUUUACUGUGGUGCUGGGGUGCAGAAGGAGCACGAGAGCUACAUGAAAAACAUGCUCAAAGUUGGAGGAAUUCUAGUCCUACCGCUGGAAGAGAAGUUAACCAAGAUCACCCGCACAGCUUAUAAUAUCUGGGAAACCAAAAAGAUCAUUGCUGUCUCCUUUGCUCCACUGGCACAGCCAAAGAACAGGGACACUGGGAAAUCCAAAGCCAUCCCUCUUCCUACGUUGGAAGUCCGUACUCUGCAGGACCUGUCACGAAUUACCAUCCGGCACACCCUAAAACAGAUAGAAAACUUUGAGAAAGUGAAAAAUUACAACCUCGCCAAGAAUGCUCCGAAGUUUAAGCGCAGGAGGGUGCACAGGCGGUGCCUGGAUUCCGUCAUGCUAACGAACAAGCACCUGUUUGUGAACCGCAUGAUCCCGCACCCAAUGGACGACAACAACAACUGCAAUGAGAUGGCUGAAUACAGGCAGUACGAGACUGAGGAUGAAGAGGAAGAGGAAGAGGAGGAGGGGAGAGUGCACUGCGAGCUGAAGCCUGAGCCUCUCGUCAACUUACUGAGGGAGAAGAUCCUCAGCCUGCCACUGCCAGAGCCCCUCAAAAUGUAUCUGCUCUAUUACAGGGAAAAAUAAGCACACCAAUCUAAUGGGAACGAGUGUGCGUACAAUGUUUUAAAUCAUAUGCCCCUACAAGCAACCUACUGGCAAUCCAGACACCCACUGUUUUAAAGAAUGCCCUCAAUUGCACUUGUCCUGCAAUAGCAGCGCAAGAACUGACCUUUCUUAUACACUGUAGGGAUCCAUGCAUCAGGUAGACCAACCCUACGCAUUUCCCAUCUAAAUGAUCCUUGGCUAGGAUCAGUACUUAAGAAAGCACCUAAUUCUGUUAAGUCUUUUUUUUUUUUUUUUAUAUAAGCAUAACACACGGUUUACCAAGCAAUGCCUAUCUGAGUGGCUGAGGUUUUUAUUGUUGGCUGCAGGCAUUCAAGCAGAAGGUCUUUCAUCACUAGACAGACCAAGGCGGACCUCACCUUUAUAUUGGAGUUUAAGGAUCAUUGCUUCUGAAUCGAAACAGAAUAAUAAUAGCACACCAUUCCUAUGUGUCUGAUGAGUUCCUCACUAUGCUGUAAUGGCAAGUUCAAACUGAGAGGCGUAGGAUAUUUGUAGCAUUAUAAUUUAAGAAAUAAAUAAAGAUAUAAAAAACAGAAAUACAUUUUUUAAAAACGUUAUUCUCAGGUUGCAUUAUAGACAGUAAAGAGUUUUGAAGAUAUUCUUACAAAAAAUAAGUUGUAACAGACAACCGACAGAGAACAGUGUCCUGAAAUGGUCCCUUACUGAAACCACACAUUCUCUCACAGCGUAAACACACUGUCUGAUACAGAAUUGGCACUGACCAGGCUUUUUGUGAGGGAACCAAAAAUAAAAGCCAGUUGGAGAUUAGCCAGUUAUUUUAAAAAAUAAAUAAAUAAAAAAAAUAAGAGCCUGAUCUCUCAUCUGCCCUCACAGUAACAUAAAAAAAAAAAGUUUUUCAAUACCCAGUUCUGAUGUUUCUGUUUGGGCUUUUCACAGAUACAAGUAGGUUGUGAAAUUGGUUAGAUCACUCAGCAUCAAAUGAGUCAAAAUCAUAUUUUAACCGAAUAACCUGGCAAUUCGAAUGGUUAGCAUUGUAUCCCCAACUUCACUUGUCAAACAUCUGAUCAGCAAGAAUUUAUUGCAAAACUGUCACACAAGCUUUAUAUAAAACAAAUCCACCACACUACGGUGCCAUUUUUCUUUGAUUCUGAUUGUGGACCAGCAGUUGUUUACUUGUUAAGAACUACUUUAUUUUUCCUUUGCUGCAGAAUUUAAAAACUGCACAUGACCUAGCAUACCAGAAAAAUCUGAAAAAUCUAGAAAAAAGUUUAAACAAACCCAGCAUGUACAUAGAUAACUCAAUUGAACCUUGUUAAAGUGACAGGCAUCAGUGUGAAGCCUGAAAAGUGACCUUUAUUUAAGAAAAAAAAAAUCUGUAUAUAUUUAAACAAACCUAUAUACAUUACAUAGGCAGAUGGACUAUGUGUUUUAACCUAGAUAUUAAGAAGUCUGAUGGUUUAGGGCCUACUAGUUGUUUUGUUUUUUUUUUCUUUGAAGUGAAGAGUUGAGUAUAUAUUUGUAUAUUAUUGGAAUCUUAGAUACUGGGCUGGUAGUGUAACGCGUGAUAAGUAUAAACUCUUCCAUACUUGCUGUGAUUUUCUUUUGAUAAUGUGUUGUAACUUCACCAGCUGCAAUCCUUUAUUUGUGUCAAAAAACCCAACUUCAACUAAAGAGUAUUUUCUGAAUGUAAAUUGCUUGAAACCUGCCCUUCUUAAAGGAUGUUUCCUAUAGCACUUUCCUCUGAUUUUCUGCUACGUCAGUGUUAGAGCUUUUGCACAUGAAGGGUGUGAAUAAAGAGAUGUACCGAUUAAUAAAAUGUUUAAUGUUAUAAGUAAAUAAAAACGACACCUA